CUAGUCCCUUUCUCUGUGAAGCAUUCCUCCUCUCUUGUCGCCUAGCUACUCCUCCUACAAUUGUUGCUGUCACUUGUAGCUUCCUCUUUGCAUGGUGGCUGUUACUGUUGGAAGAUCCUACACGAAGCUGAACGCUAAGCUGUCGUUUGACCUCUCCUCGAGGUCUACUUCGUUCACCCUUCCCUUGACCUUCUUCAUCCUUCUCUUCUUCUUUCUAAAUCUUUUCAUCCACCCAACAAUUCACACCAUCACUUGUUACAAAGCUUCCAGAAUCCCACCCCCUCUUCUUUAGUGCGUCAUCUACCGAUCUCACUGACAGCCUAUUGCUGCCCCGCCCCGAGACAGCCUGUUAGCAAGCCCUGGUCCGCUCCACCACGAGCAUCAAUCACUCCCCCUGCGCACUGGCAACUGGCACUCGCAUUGGAGUGUCGGGCGAACCUGCAUUUCUGGGAUAGGCAUUCUCGUCGUCGCCACUUACGACCCAGAUUGCCAGACAACCGUCCACCCACAGGCCACUAUUGACCUGGGCCCUACGAAAACGCUCCUCUCUGACCUUGUCCUCCCUAAGCCAUCUCCGGCCGAACAUCCCCCACAUCUCAAUUCCUCGCCGUCAAUGUCACUUUCUACCUCUUACCAAGCUGUCAUUGAUGCUCUAACCAAAGACCUGCUCAGAGACAAGCCUGAAGAUCCCACACAGUACUGUGCGAAUUAUUUCUCUCGCCAGCUCGCAUCCGAGCGGGCAUCCCUUCGCGGCUCCAAGUCAUCCAACACCAACGGCAACAUGGCAGACACGGCCGGUCCUUUUGACCGCAACCCCUUUGGAGCAAAGAACGUCAACAGCAUACAAGAGGAGGACGAAGAACAUGACAACUUUGGCUCCCCAACCGAUGCUACUUUCAAGUCCCGCGAUGCAGGCCGUUCACCCUUCGGCGGUUCUGGGUUCGGGGCCGCCGCAGGUGGUGCUGCUGCAGGCGGAUUGUUUGGCAGUUGGUUAGGGACGCAAGGUACUGAAGAGACCGGAGAACAUCCUCCUCCUGAACCCCCAACUGGCAAAUAUGCUGCUGGCCGGAGAACAUCAGUCUCGGCAGAGUCUAUGCAGCCAGAUGCUGACUCGGGCAAUUGGAAACCACCAAAACAUCCAAAAUCUCCAGAUCAAUUCGAGAGAUUGAAGCAUGCGGUAGCUGGCAACUUCUUGUUCUCCAGUCUUGACGAAGAAUCUUUCCACUUGGUCUUGGACGCCUUGGUCGAAAAGUCGAUUCCAGCUCCCAACAUCAAGGUCAUUACUCAAGGCGACGAAGGUGACUUCUUCUACGUCAUCGAAAGCGGAGAUUUCGACAUCUACAUCAAUCCCAGCGGUUCAGUCGAAGCCGGACCUGAAGGGAUGGGCAACAAGGUGGGCACCAUUGGACCCGGUGGCAGCUUUGGAGAAUUGGCCCUCAUGUACAACGCACCUCGCGCUGCCACCGUGGUUAGUGCGUCUAAAGGAGGUAUGCUCUGGGCUUUGGACCGUCUCACCUUCCGCAGAAUCCUCAUGGACAACGCCUUUCAGAAGCGAAAGAUGUAUGAAGGCUUCCUGGAAGAGGUCCCGCUGCUCGCGUCACUCAAACCCUAUGAAAGAUCCAAGAUCGCAGACGCCUUGGAGACGGUCAAGUUCAAUGCAGGAGACAAGAUUAUCACAGAGGGAGAGCCGGGCGAUGCUUUCUACCUCUUGGAGUCUGGUGAAGCCAAUGCUUUCAAGCAAGGUAUCGACAAGUCGGUCAAGGAUUACCAUCGAGGUGAUUUCUUUGGUGAAUUGGCAUUGUUAGACGACAAGCCUCGUGCCGCAACCGUCGUGGCCAAAACCGCAGUAAAGGUGGCUAAACUCGGACGAGAUGGAUUUAAGCGGCUCCUUGGUCCGGUUGAGAGCAUCAUGAGGCGGGAAGACUACGAUGCUGCAGAUCCAUUGAGCCAACAAAAGACGGUCACCUAGAGGAUGGCUAUGCGCGGACUUGGAUUGCUGAUUUGAACGGCUUACGAUUGAAUGGUACCGGGAAACAUUACGAAACAGAUAUGAGGCAGUAUACCAGAUCAGACCCAACAUGAAUAUGGGACGGGUUGAGGUUUUUCUUUCUCUGGUCAGAGGGAGUGCCACGGCGAUUCAUGUUGACUGAUUGAUUGAAUGAAUUGGCUGGACCAGGGAACAACAUCUCGCAUGGAAAAGAACCCUGGGGCAUCUAGUCAAAGUAGCAAAGCUAUUGCUUGCAUUUUUAUCUUUCGAGUUAUUCGAAUUCCAAUUAUCCAUGAAACUUGGUGGUUUGUUUCAAUCAGUCCUCGGUAUCUGUUUCUUGUUUCGUCGUCCUUAUCUGUCC